AUGGCUGAAAUGGAUCUCGAACAGUCAGGCUUGCAGGAGGUUGCCAAUGCCAUGCGCGAAGAGAACGGUAUGGAGGGACAUAUUAGCAAUACUGCGCAGAAGCGGAAGCGGGACUCGGAAUCAGCUGAUGACACGAGGCGCCCCAAUAACAAGCGUGUAUCUCCCAAUUCUGGUAAGGCCCUUGACCAAUCUGGGCAUUACCAGGACGGCUCAGUUGAGGCUUUACAAGAUUAUAGUAAUCUCCAUCACGGACUUCCUGAUAUUCAGAACGGCUCCGCUGAGCAUGCCUCUUCGACUGCCGCCGCAGCUCUUGCCGGUAUCUACCCGACCAUGACGAUCCCCCAACCUACCGACGUCUCCUUCGCGACGCAGGGUUCAGAUGGCGAUCGUGGAGAAUCAUCAUUCAUGGACAACAGUCAACAAAAUGAUAGCUUCAUGGAGAACCCCACUCCAAGUCGAGCUUCGAAACCUGCUGUAGGUUCUGAUGAGUGGCACAAGGUCCGGAAGGACAACCAUAAAGAGGUUGAACGUCGCCGACGAGAAACAAUAAACGAGGGUAUCAACGAGUUGGCCAAGAUCGUUCCAGGUUGUGAGAAGAACAAGGGUUCCAUCCUGCAGCGUGCCGUCUCCUUCAUCACCCAAUUGAAGGAGAAUGAGACUCAAAACAUUGAGAAGUGGACCUUAGAGAAGCUCUUGACUGAGCAAGCCAUUGCCGAGCUGAGCGCCAGCAACGAUAAGCUGAAGGCAGAGUGCGAGCGAGCAUGGCGUGAGGUUGAGACUUGGAAAAAGACCUGUCAAAGUGCAGGUCUGGCUCCCAAGAAGGAAGAAUCUGGCGUGGGGGAGAACUAG